AGACGAGCAUCAAUCUCCGUCCGUCAACACCGGCAGGAGAGCGAAGGAGCGCGAGGACCCGAACGUUGUGUGUGCGUGCGUUCUACGGUUUUUCCCGCGGUGAAAUGUUACGUUUUAUUGCUCUGACACAGGUGUGAGUCGCGCGCGGAGCUGAUGAACCUGCUUCUUUUUUUUUUUUUUUUGUUGCCAGAAAAUCUGAAAUUUUCCUCCAUGUGGAUAUUUCCUGAACUCUGGAUCUCUGUGCUUUGACAUUUAACAGGAAUUGUUUUUUAAAAAAAGAAAAGGAGCCUGAAGAAGCAGCCGACCUUAACACCGGGGACCUGAGCACCUGCACCGCCGGGAGAUCUGCACCGUCCCGCCCGCCCAGACUCCGGUCUCCCCUCCGCGCUUCUAGCAUGAUGUCUUAUCUCAAACAGGCCCCGUACGGGAUGAACGGACUGGGCCUGAGCGGAGCCGCCAUGGACCUGCUGCACCCGUCUGUGGGGUACCCGGGUAACCCGAGGAAGCAGCGCCGGGAGCGGACCACCUUCACCCGGACGCAGCUGGACAUUCUGGAGUCGCUGUUCGCCAAGACGCGCUACCCGGACAUCUUCAUGCGGGAGGAGGUGGCGCUGAAAAUCAACCUGCCGGAGUCCAGAGUGCAGGUGUGGUUUAAGAACCGACGGGCCAAGUGUCGGCAGCAGCAGCAGAGCAGCAACAGCGCCAAGGCCAAGCCGAUGAAGAAGAAGUCGUCUCCGACAAGAGAGAGCACCGGUUCGGAGAGCAGUGGUCAGUUCACCCCACCGGCGGUGUCCAGCUCCUCCUCCUCCUCCGCGUCCUCCUCUUCCUCCUCCUCCUCCAUCUCCUCCGGCCUUGGUGGUGCCGGUCUGAUCAGCACCUCUACCUCCGUCACCGCCCCAGUGUCGUCCAUCUGGAGCCCGGCGCCCAUCUCCCCGGCUCCUGCACCGGCCUCACUGCCGGACCCCGCCGCCCCCACCAGCGCCUCCUGCAUGCAGCGCUCCGUGUCGUCCUCCGCCACCGGGGGCACGCCCUCCUACCCGGUUUCUUACAGCCAAACUGCAGCAGCGUACAGCCAGGGUUACCCGGCCUCAGCGUCAGGCUCUUACUUUGGCGGCGUGGAGUGUGGCUCGUACCUGGCGCCCAUGCACUCCCACCACCACCACCCGCACCAGCUUAGCCCCAUGACCGGCGGCUCCAUGUCAGCACACCCGCACCACCACAUCGGCCAGACAUCAGGGCACCACCACCAUCACCACCACCCGUCACACCACCACCAGGCGUACAGCGCACCCGGCCUCGCCUUCAACUCCACAGAUUGUCUGGAUUACAAAGAGCAGACGGCGGCUUCGGCCUGGAAACUCAACUUCAACGCCUCCGACUGUUUGGACUACAAAGACCAGGCCUCAUGGCGCUUCCAAGUGCUGUGACUUCCUGUGUUUCUCGUCUUCUCUGCUUACAAAAGAAGUAUCCUUUUUUUUUUGUUGUUGGUGGUUUUAUUUUUGAAGAUCCUUCAAACUAAUAGUAGAGACAUUUAAAAAAAAAAAAAAAGUUUAUUUGUGGACUGACACAGAAAUCUGAAGCCUGAUUGGCAGGUUCAGCUCUGUCACUAUCAGCCGAUCGACUCGUCCAGGAUUAUUUUUCUACUCGAGAAAAACUGACCCAGUUACAACUUUCGAAGGCCUUUAAUAGUAAAAACCUGCAAGACUGUGCAGCCCAGGAUCGUCUCCGCGAUCCAACUCGAUCAGGAUUAUUCUUCAAGGAAAAAAAAUAAGUCAACUUUAAAGAAAAGAACACAAAAACAUCACAAAUCCGACUCUUUUUCUUAAAACAUUUUACAGAAACAUGAUGCUGCUAUGAUUUUCAGGUUGCUGAUGUUCAUUUCUAUCUGAUUUCCGACUUGAAUCUUGUUCAGAAACUCGUCGUCCAGCCUGUGGGUGUUGUACUUUUGGAGAUUGAAUUGCAGCACUUGUUUAUAAGGUGAAAGUUUUUUUUUGGUUUUUGCUAUUUGUUCUUUGCAGAGGAAAGAAAAUAAGAAAUGUGAAUUAGACACGAAAUGUCAGUAUUCCAUUGAGAGUUGAAAGAUGUACAUUCGUGUCUUUAUAAUAAAGUCUUGUUAAAACCA